AAAACGCAACCAAACCCAAACCCAAAUAUACACAGCACACACACACACACUUAGUAACAAACACACACUUGUACGCAUUGCACUCGCAGUUGGCAGCAACUAAAAUCAUUUCUAAGCGUCUAUAGAAUCAAAGUUUGAAAGUACAGACAAGGGAAAGUCAAACGCCAUGUCUGCCAAAGCCAUCACAGAAGCCACUGGCAAGGACAUUCUCAAUCGUCAUUUAAAUAAUCAUGGCGCCAGCGUAGCAACCUGUCGAUUUGCCACAGUCAAUGCUGAAACCAAUUGGUCCCAAUUGAGUGUUGAUCAUCCCUGGUUGCUGACCACGCCAUUGGUGGUCAAGCCCGAUCAACUGAUCAAACGUCGUGGCAAGUUGGGACUCAUCGGUGUGAAGAAGAAUUUCGAGGAAGUGAAACAAUGGAUUGGUGAACGUAUUAAUAAGGAUCAAAAAAUAGGCAAUGCCGUAGGCAAAUUAAGAAAUUUCAUUAUUGAACCAUUUUUGCCGCAUACCGAUGAUGAAGAAAUGUAUGUGUGCAUCUAUUCGCAUCGGGCAGCGGAUACGAUAUUAUUCUAUCAUCAAGGAGGUGUGGAUAUUGGUGAUGUUGAUGCCAAGGCAGUUAAAUUGGAUGUACCAGUUAAUAGUAAAUUGGCCCAGGCCGAUGUCAAGUCCAAACUUCUCAAAGAGGUCACAGAUUCGGCGAAGAAAGAACGUAUAGCCAAUUUCAUUACUGCAUUGUAUGCAACAUUUGUGGAUUUAUAUUUCACCUAUUUGGAAAUUAACCCUGUUGUGGUAACAGCCGACAAUCUGUAUAUAUUGGAUUUGGCAGCCAAAUUGGAUUCAACUGCCGAUUUCAUAUGCCGUCCCAAGUGGGGAGAAAUCGAUUAUCCACCACCAUUCGGUCGGGAUGCCUAUCCCGAAGAAGCAUACAUUGCUGAUUUGGAUGCAAAGAGUGGAGCCUCACUUAAGUUGACCAUAUUGAAUCGUAAUGGACGCAUUUGGACCAUGGUGGCCGGUGGUGGAGCCAGUGUCAUCUAUUCGGAUACAAUUUGUGAUUUGGGCGGAGCAACAGAGUUGGCCAACUAUGGUGAAUACAGUGGAGCCCCAUCGGAGCAGCAGACCUAUGAAUAUGCCAAAACCAUUCUAACUCUAAUGACCUCAUCCCCAAAGCAUCCUGAAGGCAAAGUUCUCAUCACUGGAGGAGGCAUUGCCAAUUUCACAAAUGUUGCAGCAACCUUCCAAGGUAUCAUCACGGCUCUGCGUGAAUUCCAGCCCAAACUUGUGGAGCAUAAUGUCUCAAUUUUCGUACGUCGUGCCGGACCCAAUUACCAGGAGGGUUUGAGACGUAUGCGUGACUUUGGAGCAACACUUUUGGGUGUUCCACUACAUGUGUUUGGACCAGAGACACACAUGACCGCCAUCUGUGGCAUGGCUUUGGGCAAGCGGCCCAUUCCCCAGGUGGCAAGUGUUGAAUUCUCUACAGCAAAUUUCUUGCUACCAGGCGGACAGCAGGCUCAAGCUGAUCUUAAGUCAGCUAGUGAGGCAUCCGGUGAAAUUGGAGGCUCUGAUUCACGAACAACAACGGCAAAAUCGAUUAAACUACCACCUAUCCCAUUAGAUGAGAGCGAUGGCACAUCUGUGGCCACUAGCCAAAGCAAUGGCUCCCAUUUGAAUCGCAAAUUCUUUUCAAAUACCACCAAGGCAAUUGUCUGGGGCAUGCAACAGCGGGCAGUGCAAUCAAUGCUGGACUUUGAUUUCAUUUGCAGACGCGAUGAACCCUCAGUGGUGGCCAUGGUCUAUCCAUUUACUGGUGAUCAUAAGCAAAAAUAUUAUUGGGGCCACAAGGAGAUUUUGAUACCCGUCUAUAAGAAAAUGUCCGACGCCAUACAUAAGCACAAGGAGGUCGAUGUCAUGGUUAACUUUGCAUCCAUGCGCAGUGCAUAUGAAUCAACUCUUGAGGUAUUGGAAUUCCCCGAGAUACGCACUGUGGCGAUCAUUGCCGAAGGUAUACCAGAGAAUAUGACACGUAAACUUAUUAUCGAGGCGGAUAAGAAGGGUGUAGCCAUUAUUGGUCCCGCCACUGUGGGUGGCGUGAAGCCGGGUUGCUUUAAAAUUGGAAACACUGGUGGUAUGCUGGACAAUAUCUUACACUCGAAACUCUAUCGUCCCGGCAGUGUGGCCUAUGUCUCGCGUUCUGGUGGCAUGUCCAAUGAGUUGAACAACAUCAUUUCAAAGGCCACAGAUGGCGUUAUUGAGGGCAUUGCCAUUGGUGGUGAUAGAUAUCCAGGUUCCACUUUCAUGGAUCACAUUUUGCGCUAUCAAGCCGAUCCGGAGACCAAAUUGAUUGUUCUGCUCGGCGAAGUUGGCGGCACUGAGGAAUACGAUGUGUGCGCUGCUCUAAAGGAUGGACGUAUUACAAAGCCUCUGGUAGCCUGGUGUAUUGGCACAUGUGCCAGCAUGUUUACAUCUGAGGUGCAGUUUGGUCAUGCUGGUUCCUGUGCAAAUUCUGACCGUGAGACAGCCACAGCCAAGAAUAAGAGCCUGCGGGAGGCUGGAGCUUAUGUGCCCGAUUCAUUCGAUACGCUUGGCGAGCUCAUCCAUAGUGUCUACGGCGAGUUGGUGAAAACUGGACGCAUUAUUCCCAAAGAGGAAGUUCCACCACCAACUGUGCCCAUGGACUACUCAUGGGCCCGCGAACUGGGUCUAAUCCGCAAGCCAGCCUCGUUUAUGACCUCCAUCUGUGAUGAGCGUGGCCAGGAGUUGAUCUAUGCUGGCAUGCCCAUUAGUGAGGUUCUCAGCAAAGAUGUGGGCAUUGGAGGUGUGAUUUCGUUGCUUUGGUUCCAGCGUUGUCUGCCAUCGUAUGUAUGCAAAUUCUUCGAAAUGUGCCUCAUGGUCACAGCUGAUCAUGGACCUGCCGUCUCUGGAGCUCAUAAUACCAUCGUUUGUGCUCGUGCCGGUAAAGAUCUUGUGUCCUCUGUUGUCAGUGGUCUUCUGACCAUUGGCGAUCGUUUUGGUGGUGCUCUCGAUGGAUCGGCCAGACAAUUCUCCGAGGCCUACGAUACCAAUUUGCAUCCCAUGGAGUUUGUUAACAAAAUGCGCAAAGAGGGUAAACUUAUUUUGGGCAUUGGACAUCGUGUGAAAUCCAUUAACAAUCCAGAUGUUCGUGUAAAAAUCAUCAAAGAAUUUGUUCUCGAAAAUUUCCCCGCAUGUCCCUUGCUAAAGUACGCAUUGGAAGUGGAGAAAAUCACGACAAAUAAGAAGCCAAAUUUGAUUUUGAAUGUGGAUGGUGUGAUAGCCACAGCUUUUGUGGAUAUGCUGCGCAAUAGUGGCUCCUUCACCAGUGAGGAGGCUCAGGAGUACAUUAAUGUGGGUGCCAUCAAUUCUCUGUUUGUAUUGGGACGCAGCAUAGGCUUCAUUGGCCACUAUAUGGAUCAGAAACGGCUCAAGCAGGGACUCUAUCGUCAUCCUUGGGACGAUAUCUCUUAUGUCAUACCCGAGCAAUACAACUAAAAGCAUUGAUGUUGAUAUAUAUAUAUAUAUACAUAUACUUAUAUCCGUGA